AUGGUGGCCAGAAAACCCAUUUUUGCCAACAAGGAGGACGCCAACGCCCGUGAGGCUUUGAAGCUUUAUGAGGCCAAACAGUAUAAAAAGGCUUUGAAGCUCGUCGAUCAGAACUUGAAGAAGAACUCUUCCCACGCUGAGUCCUUGGCCUUGAAGGGCUGUGCAAACCACCAAUUGGGACAUAAGGCUGAUGCAGAGCCCUACAUUAUCAAGGCAUUGGCCAAGGAGCCUGCAAAUUACUUGGUUAACCAUUUGGCUGGUAUCUAUUAUAGAUCGGUGGAGAACUAUGAAGAGGCUGCCAAAUGGUAUAAGGCGGCCAUGGACCAUGGUCUGCAAAACACCCCAAUCUUGAGAGACUUAUCGUUGCUUCAAUCACAGGUGAGAGAUUACAAGAACUUGAAGGAUUCCAGACAACAGUUCUUGGAGAGUCAGCCUGGUUAUAGGGCAAACUGGACUGCUGUCGCUAUUGCACAUCACCUCAACAAGGAUUAUGAUGCUGCUGUCAGCACAUUGGCCAAGAUCGAGGACAUCAUUAAAGAACAUUUACAGGAGCAGGACAGAUAUGAGCAGAGUGAGUGUGUUCUUUACAAGAAUUCCAUCAUUGCAGAGGCUGGCAACUUUUCCAGAGCUUUGGAAGAGUUGGAGAAGGACUCAGACGAAAUCAGAGACCGCACGUCAUUCAUGGAAUAUAAGGCCAAGUACUUGCUUCUCUUGGGCAAGCUGAAGGAAUCUUCGUUGGUGUACCGUGCGUUGUUGCAAAGAAACCCAGACAACGAGUCGUACUAUACCUUGCUUGAAACUGCUUUGGGUACGCCCAGUGGCUCCAUCGACCUCAGAUUGAAGUUGUACGAUAAGCUUGCACUGUUCUAUCCUCGUGCAGACCCUCCUCAGUAUGUCCCUUUAACGUUCUUGCCUGCUUCCCAUCCUCAGUUCAGAGAGAGAGCUUCCAAGUACAUUUUGUCUCAAUUGAAGAGAGGUGUCCCUGCUACCUUCGUCAACGUCAAGCCCUUGUACACCAAUAAGAAGAAGCGUGAUGUGAUAUUGUCAAUUGUGUUGGAGUUUUUCGAGAAGGAAGUGCCUCUGUUGCAACCCACUGUUUUCGUUUGGGCAAACUACUUCUUGUCUCAGCACUACUUAUACCUUGGUGACAACAACAAAGCCAUGGAAUAUGUUGAUGCAGCAUUGAACCACUCGCCAACCUUGGUCGAAUUGUACAUUCUCAAGGCCCGUGUCACCAAGCAUCUUGGCCAAUACAAGGAGGCUGCAGCCAUCAUGCAAGAGGGCCGUUCUUUGGACUUGCAGGAUCGUUUCAUUAACUCCAAGACUACCAAGUACCUCUUUAGAGCCAACCAGAUCGAUGACGCAAUCAAUUGCAUCUCUCUCUUCACAAAAUUGGACGAAGGCGCCGUCAAUGGCCUCAAAGACUUGCACACCAUGCAAGCCAACUGGGUGUUGGUUGAAAGUGCAGAGGCCUACACCCGACUCUAUAAAGAGCAACUCGAGAAGCUUGCAUCUUUGCCCGCUGACUCAGACCAGCUCAAUGAAGUCCAGGACUUGGCUGACAUGUACAGAGGUUUGGCGUUGAAGAGAUUUUUGGCAGUGGCUAAGGUGUUCAAAGUGUUCACCAACGACCAGUUCGACUUCCACUCCUACUGUAUGAGACGUGGUACUCCGCGUGACUAUAUUGACAUGUUGAAAUGGGAGGAUAAGCUUUACGGCACUCCGAUUUAUGUCAGAAGUGUAAAGGGUUUGUGUGAGCUCUAUUGGGAAAUUUACAGAGGUCAACAAGCGGAAAAGUCCAACGAAGAUCCUAAGUCCAAAAAGAAGAAGGCCAAGAAGACCAAGCCACUUAACAUCAAAAAGAAGAGCGAGCUCAUCUCUCGUGUUGAGUCCGAGAAGGAUGAUGUUGAUCCAUUGGGUGCUAAGCUUUUGUCUGAUUUGAAGGAGAAUCCGAACCUCUUGGAGGAAAUGGAGAACCAAGCCAAAGUCUUGACAUCCCAAGCUGACAAGUAUAGAUUCACUUGGGAGUUUGCUUACGACGUUUAUUUGGAAGAGAAGAAGUAUGUAUUGGCAUUGCAGAGUUUGAGAAACUGGGCCAAGAUUGUGGAUCCUUCCAACGAGAAGUUGUCAAUUGUCUCCAAAAAAGUGGAGCAGUUCCGUUCCAAAUUGGCUGACGAUACUAUCUCCAACCCGGCUAUCGUGAAGGUUGCACAGAAGGGAUUGGAAAGUGCAUUCCCACAAUAA